AUGGCGGACUACAGCAAGUGGGAGAAGCUGACGGACGAGGACGAAGACGACUUGGAUGCAGCAGCCAAAACCCGGGCGGAAUACCAAGAGGCCUGCCGGGAGGAGCAGGAGGCGGUGGAGCAGUGGCUGAGGCGGAACAUGUCACAGCUUCAGCGAAGCGAGGCCGAGCAGAAGGGCAAAGACCCCCUCGCCCCGCCAGAGCUCAUCAGGAACAGCCAACAGCCCUUCAGGAAGGCCAGUCGCGAGGAUCUGCGAGCGCUGAGCAUGCUCAUGGUGCUGAGCCACUUCGAGGAGAACGAGACCAACUUGACGCGGCACCCCCAGCUGCUGGACCUGGUACGCCACAACCGCUGGAUGGAGGAGGACCCUGGCGCUGUGGAGCUCUUGUGUCGCAUUCACAACCUCCACAUGAAAGCCGCCGAGGACAAGGGCCGAGCCCCUGUGGCACCGAAGCAAGAGCAGCUCGAGAUGAGGUAUCGGCACAUGUGCCUCAGUGCCAUCAACACCCUGGCAGCGCCAAAGAAGUCUAUGAAUCUGGCGGUUUUGACCUGGCUGAGACCAGGUGCCCUGCUAGCCCACUGGCCCCUGCACAACCUGCUCCAGACACCCCAGCGCAUGGAACCGGUGGAGGAACGACCAGGCCUGGACGAGUUCCCUGGCGCGGCCACGUGGCUGACCUACCCCUGGGAGCCACAGUUCGAUGCCGCAUGCAGUCAGAUACCGCAGGAGAUCAAGGACCUGAUCCGUCACGUAGGACAAGACGAGGAUGCCCGUGAGGUUCUCUUCGUGAGGAUUGGCGAUGAGCAUAUGACAUCUCGAGAUGCCCAACUACUUGCUCAGCAAUCGCUUUGUGGCCUGAACAGCGUUGCGAAGUCUAUCGGCUGGACGAAGCCGCAAGUGCAGAAGAACAUGUUUAGAAUGAGCGUGAUGGUCGACUGCAAGCACUUGAGUCUGAGAAAUUGGCUGCCCUGCGCACGGUGCCUCGUGGGGGUGAUCAAGGCGAUUCAGCCGUUCGUGUCUCCCUUCUACGACCGCAUGGCUGGGCUGAUCGCCGUAGUGAAUGCGCCCUCUGCAGCACACUCCGCCUGGUUCAUGGUUCAACCCAUGCUGGCGGAGUCGACCAAGGAGGUGGUGCAGUUCGUGCCGGCGAGUAGCUAA